CUCGACACGGUCAACUACAAGCCGCGCACGCUGGCAUCCGACAUGCGCCCGUUCGUCAGCAAGCCUGACUGGGAAGAGUGUAUCCGCACGUUGAGGCGCAUGUUUACUAUCAUGCUCUUCCCCGGUAUUUUGUGGGCAUUCCUUCUCAACGGCCUCACCCUCGGCGUCAACAUCGCCAUGGGUACCACGUACAGCAACAUUCUCAGCCCUCCUCCCUACAGCUGGGCACAGGAGAACAUCUCAUUCGCCAUGGGCGGCCAGAUCGUCGUGUCCUUCUGCGCGCUGCCCUUGCUGGGCUGGGGCUCCGACUGGCUUGUCAAGACACUGGCGCGACGCAACGGCGGCGUCCACCAGCCGCAAUACCGCCUCGUGCCCCUCGUUUUCCCCAUCAUUGUCGGCGUCCUCUCAGCCAUCCUCUACGGCCAGGCCGCCGCCAAUCCGGACCGCUUGCACUGGUUCGCCGUUGUGUUCUCCAUCAACGCCUACUAUUUUGCCUUUGUCCGUGCCAAUCAGGUCGGCAUUGUGUACGCGCUCGACUCGUACCCGACCCGAGCCGGCCCCGCUCUCGUGGUCAUCUGCGCCAUCCGUGGUAUCCUCAGCUUUGGCACGUCAUACGGCAUCCAACCGUUCAUCGAUCUCAGGGGCUACGACGGUGCUUUUCUCAUCUAUGGCAUAUUGACUGGGGUGCUCGGCGCCCUCGGCAUUUUGGUAUAUGGCUUUAGCGGAAAGAUUCACGCCUACUGCUCGCGGUUUGCUGUGCGGACCAGUGAGACGAAGCCGGCGUACUCGUAA